CGAACAGACCUAGAUCUCACCUCACCAUCUCCAACUCAUCUUCUCCGAUACUUCGUUCCAGUGUAUUAUAGCAAUGUCAUCAAUGUCAAGGAGGCCAUACACAUCUCGAAGGGUUGCUGAUGGUGGAGGCAUUGCGUUUGUGAAUCCUUUGCACCCCAAAUCACCCUCAUCACCGUUAUUAUCUGUUGGACUUUUGAUUGUGGGUGCGAUCCUGAUAAUUGGCUAUGUGUAUAGUGGUUCAGGUGGAAACAGCAACAAUGCAGAGGCUUUGAGUAAGCUUGAAGGUAGUGUUUCAUGCACGUUGGAAGUUCAGAGAGCAUUACCUAUUUUGAAGAAAGCAUAUGGUGAUAGUAUGCGUAAAGUACUACACAUAGGCCCUGAUACCUGUUCAGUUGUCUCUAAAUUAGUACAAGAAGGGGAUAUUGAAGCCUGGGGUGUGGAGCCAUAUGAUUUAGAUGAUGCUGAUGGCAGCUGCAAGAGUCUUGUGCGCAAAGGCAUUGUGCGCAUGGCUGAUAUUAAGUUUCCCCUUCCCUACCGGGCAAAGUCAUUUUCUCUUGUCAUAGUGUCCGAUGCGUUAGAUUACUUGUCCCCAAAGUACCUUAACAAGACUCUUCCAGAAUUAGCAAGGGUAUCUGCUGAUGGUUUUGUUGUAUUUUCUGGGUAUCCAGGUCAGCAUAGAGCCAAAGUAUCAGAGCUUUCCAAAUUUGGCCGCCCAGCCAAAUUGCGGAGCUUGUCUUGGUGGAUAAGGUUUUUUGUUCAGACCAGCUUAGAAGAGAAUGAAGCUGCAACUAAGAAGUUUUUGCAAGCUGCAUCCAAGAGUUCGUACAAGCCAAUCUGCCAAGUUUUCCACCUCAAAUCAUACCAUUAGAAACUGGGGAUCAUACAGGUUUCUUGGUGAAAAGUUGCCAACAAGCAUCUUCGACUCCCACAGGACUAAAUUAUAUUUGCAAAUGCAGUUCUUUUUGGCAUGUUGAAAACUCACUCUAUUUUUGUGAUAAUUGUAAAUAGAAAACUAAGAAUCAAUAUUUCAGCUCGUUUCAGUACUAUAUCACACAAGUUAUGUUUUGACUCAUUAGAGGAUAGUUAUAAUUAGUGCUCAUAAUUGAAGUGAGCU